UUCAGAACGGUUCCUUCCUUCUCUAACAUGCUCAUCCCCUGGCAGCCGGUGGUUGGUGGGAGCUCAAGUGGUCAGAUGUCACAUCCUGCCCCAUGUUGCACCCUUGUUGCUUUGGUCAAGACUAACCAAAGUGGAGUGAAACUCAGAAGCUGAGAAACCGAGUCACUUGGAGAGGAUGGGAAAUUGUCUCCCGAGAGAACUGAGGCAGGAAAUUACUGCACUGGAGAAAGGAAACCGAUGUCAAGAUAAGAAAAGUAAUGAAGUUUUGUCCACCUCUAAUCAGGAAAAUGAGGAUGGCUGUGGUUCCGAAGAAGUGUGCUACACAGUCAUUCGUCCCCGCGCUCAACCCAAGCCCUCCUUGAGCUCCAAUGACAAUGGCUAUGAGAACAUUGACUCCAUCACAAAGAGGGUGAAGUCGUUUAAAGAAGAAACAGAAUAUGCCCUCCUCAGGACGUGCAUCACCAGGCAUUCGCCCUGCACCCCGGAGCAUGAUUACGAACUUGUGCUUCCCCACUAGGCACCUCAUGCCUCUUGGUCUUUCAGUAACAAAGAUGGCACAGAGUGAUACCCGCUGGGGAAGCCUCUCUCUCAGCAGUUCAUAAAACAUUCAUUUCCGUCCUGAGUUUAGAAAUCAUGUCCUUUUAAUACAGUGCCUUGGGAAACUCUUAAACAUGGUAUCUCUGUGAUUUGUAUGAAGCCGGUUACAUUGGCAUAAUGACCUAAAGUCUUCUACAUCUUUUUGUUUGUAAGGUUUGAAGAUAUGGAGGUGGUGGGGAAACCUUCCUAGGACAAUAAACAUCCACAAAUAUAUAACCUAAAACAUUCAGUUCCAGCCAUGCUCUCCAAGUUUCAAACGCCGAUAUUUUCAUUUCUAAUUAUGCAUUUUAGUUUUGAUGUAUAAACUACUCAAUAAACUUUUAAAAUAUAA